AAGACCCUGCAGAGGAAAUGUAGAUUAGACGUUUUUUUUCCUCCGUGGCCUGUUCUGACAUGGAAGAAGACCCAAGAGAGGAAAUGUAGGUUAGACGUUUUUUUCAGUUAUACUUAUUAACUUGGGGGGUCAUAUGUGUCAUCGUAAUAUUCUGACAAAGAAAAAAACUGUAAAAAGCAGCCUGGAAGAUGUUGAAGCAAACUUGAGAUCUCUUCUACUACUCUUCUCCUUUUCCUCCUCUCUCUCUCUUCCUUUGCUUUCUUCUUCAUUUUCUCACUCAUCUAUCUCUGAUCUCUGCAACUAAAAUCCAAACACAACUAACAAACACACACAUUAGUCUUCCUUCAAUGGCAGAUGAAGAUCAUUCUGAUACCCAACAGUUUGUUUCAGACAACCAUGAAAACCCAAGUAAGUUUAACUUUGGUUUCAUCUAUAAAGCUAUUAUAGUUUCCAUUGUUUUAGUCCUUCUUCCGCUUUUCCCAUCUCAGGCUCCUGAAUUUGUUAACCAAGCAAUACCAGAUAGAAGUUGGGAACUUGUUCAUCUUUUAUUUGUUGGUAUUGCAGUUUCUUAUGGUUUGUUUAGUAGAAGAAAUGUAGAUAAUGUUAAUGAAACCACCAGAGGAGUUGAAAACACUCAAGCUUAUAUGUCUAGAAUGCUUUCAGUUUCUUCAGUUUUUGAUGAUGAUUUUCAAAACCCUUCUCUGUCUAGUGAUGAUAACAACAAUCAUCUUGUGCAAACAUGGAAUUCUAGAUAUUUACGUGGUGAAUCAAAUGUUAAUUUAGUUGCACAAGCAGAUAACUCUGGUUUUGAUGAACAGAUUAAUCAUAGACGUAAUGUUAGUGUUCAACCUUUACUUUUACCUCUUAGAAGUUUAAGAUCUCAAAUGCCAGACUCACAUUUUAUCGAAAACCAGGAGGAAUAUAUUGAUGAAUCUGUUGAUAGAAAUGUUGUUAAUGGGGAGGUUGAUGAGUUGGGUCCUUUAGAUUUAGAUGAAAAGAAUGUGAAUGGUCAUUUUGUGCUUCCUUCUCCGAUACCAUGGAGGUCGAGAUCGGGGAGAAUGGUUAUGAGUGAACAAGUUAAUGCUUACCCUCCUUCCGUUGAAGACUCUGAACUCAAUCAGCAAAACUAUGAAUCAGUUCCAACACCAAUUUAUUUUCCACGGCCUAAUCAGACAACUCCUUCAAUGAAAUUCGGUUCUGGUUUACCUUCCAUUUCACCAAAGCUUCAAUCCGAAAACUUUGAAGUGACUGAGAAUUUCAAUAUUCCCAAGUCCCCUUCUCUUCCAAUUCAGUCACAGUCACUCUAUAAUAAUACUACUCAAAAUUCUUCAUUGGUUGCAUCAAAUUCAGUCAUUCCCAAGUCUUCUUCUCUUCCCAUUCAGUCACAGUCACUCUAUAAUGCUACUCAAAAGUCUUCGCUGGUUACAUCAAAUUCUAGUCCAAUGAUGGAAGAAUUUUUAUUAGAAAGAGAAACAAAGAGAAGUUCCAAAGACCAAAAGGAUUUGAGGAGGAGGAGGAGUAGAGAGAAUUUGGACCUACAAUUUCCAAAGCCAGAAACGAUUCAGCAAUCUUUGUCUAUUGUAUCACAUUCCGAUGCUACUACAAAUGGGUUUGCAGUAGUUAAGGAUAUCAAAAGGAGUCGUCAGAAGGAGUUGAGAAGGAGAAGUAAAGAAGAAUUGGGAUCCGAUUUUCUGAAAGCUGAGGCGAAGUCAAGUGAGAAAUCUUCGUUGAUUACAUUGGAUACUAGUGCAGCUGGAAAUGGGUAUUCACUUGAUGAGAAGGACAUGGUUAGGGAUGAUGAGAACUUCGGCAGUCAGAGUAGUAACGGAAAAGAGCUUGGGCUGAGUUCUUCGAAACCUGGAACCCGUGGUUCGUCGAAAGGAAAGUCUGUCAGGACAAUCCGAGCAAUUGAACAGGCUGCAGAGUCUAGGAGGGUUAGGGAAGUUAAUGGAGAUCAACUGGAUGGAAAGAAUAGCAUAAGAGCAAAGGAAAUUGAAGCCGUGCCAGUUGAUAAAAUGAGAAAAAGAGGAGAGGGGGCAGAUUCUUUGUCAUUGGGCAAUGGAAAAUCAAGUUAUGAAAGCUCUCAGCCUUCACCAACAUUCUCCAGACAUCAGAAGAAGCCCAAGAAGAAACUGUCGGAGAAAGUAAUUUUAGAGACAGAAGAGUACUCUGGUAGUGAACUUGACGAAAGACAGGGUGGUGUAGAUACUGUUUCAGACAACAUUAGUCAUUCUAAUGCAGGUUCAAAUGAGGUUGAUAAGAAAGCGGAUGAGUUUAUAGCCAAGUUUAGAGAGCAAAUCAGGCUUCAAAAGGUUGAAACAACGAGAAGAUCAAAUGGGAAGCAGCAUACCAGUACUAGAAUCUUAUCUAGGUAAACUAGGCUCAAAUUUUAGUCUGUUGUUCCAAAAUUUGAACAACAUAGAUUAGAAAUUUGCUGCUGCUUCUUUUGAGUUCAUUUUUUUCUUUUCCUUUUUUACAUUCUGAAUUACACAUUGGGUGGUAUACGAUCUCCAUGGGUUUACAGUCUGUGUAACCCCAUCAUUUUAGAUUAGAUGUGUUGGAGACCGGUGUUUCUUCAUCUGUUGUAACCGAAGGAAACAUAUAUUGAUAAAAGUCUGGUUGCUUCUAGUUGAGAAAUCA